AUGGAUAAUGCUAAAACAAAUGAUGUUGCGGUUUCAUAUUUGAAAAGGAGGUUGAAGAGUUGGAAGAAUGGUUGUGUCUUGGAAGCUUGUGUUGAGAAGGCAAAGAUUGAAUCUAAAGGACCUUUGGCUUUGGAUGUACCAACUAGAUGGAAUUCCACUUAUUUGAUGUUGGAAGCUGCUUGUAAGUUUAAGAAGUCUUUUGAUAGAAUGGAGGAGAAGGAUGAGCAAUAUGUCUUCUAUUUUAAAGGUGGGACACCUCAAGCAUUGGAUUGGGAGAAAGCUCGUGUAUCUGUUAGAUUUUUGAAAACCUUUUAUGAUGUUAUAUUCACAUUUAGUGCUUCUUUAAAAGUAAAUUCCAAUUUGUUCUUUAGUGAAUUGUCAAAGAUUGAGUUGGAAUGGAUAGUGGACAAAGAUACUUUUGUAAGUAAUAUUGCUACUAGCAUGAAGAUGACACUUGAUAAAUAUUUGGGGCCUAUUGGGAAAAUUAAUAAAUUGUUAUUUGUUGCCCAUGUUCUAGAUCCAAGAUUCAAACUUAGUUUCAUUAAAAUUGCUAUUGAUAGGCUAUAUCCUCAAGAAGUUUGUAAUGAAAUUUUGCAAGGUGUGAAGGAUGCUUUAAAUAGGUUAUUUGAAUUUUAUGUCACUUUGACAAUUCCUCCUUGUGCUCAAUCUUCAAAGGAUGUCCAACCAACAAAUGUGGCAAAUAUUUUUACUUUUACUUCUAGUGGCCAUGAUGAAGGAAAAUGUAUAAUGGGAGAGUUUAAGAGGAGGAAGAUGGCUAGUGGUCUUCACAUGAAAAAUGAGCUUGAUAGGUAUUUAAAUAUGCCGGAUGAAGAUGGGGACAAUGAGAUGUUUGAUGUAUUAGAGUGGUGGAAAGUGAAUUCCACUAAAUAUAAGGUUUUAUCCUUACUUGCUCAGGGUGUAUUUGUUAUUCUAUUGUCUACAGUUGCUUCGGAAUCCACUUUUAGUACCGGAGGGUGUAUUUUGGAUCCAUAUAAGAGCUCAUUAACCCCAAAAAUGGUGGAGGCAUUAAUAUGUUCUCAAAAUUGGAUUAGAUCAAUCCCUCUCCCGUUGGACAUCCGCAUUUAUGAUGAUUGCUUCAAAGUGUGCCAAGUUGUUGAAAAACGUACUUUUAUAAUUGCUUUAUAA